GUUCAUUGGUGCAUGAUACCCAUUUAUUGCGGUGACUGAUAAACAUCUUCAAAUAGGGCACGUAACAACCCUCGUUUAAUGGGGCGGAGCUUAAUUUCGCCUCUACCCUUGAAUUAUAUAAGCUCGGCAAAUGGAUAUUUCCCUUCAGUAUCCCCUGGACAUUAUGAAUUUAACCCCCAUCCAAUCCGGUUCCAAGUGUAGUUCAGAUUUUAGUAUAGAGAGGAUUUUAAGUGAGGAUAAAAGACGGGAAGAACAUGUACAGUCCCCAAACUGGUUAUGCUGUACGAGAUAUCAGCCUCCUAGACUUCCACGUUCAUCAAACGCCUGCCGCAGUCGCCGCUCUGGUCGUCAUGCACGAGUGCCAUUCACAGCGACACAGGCGGCGGCUUUAGAGGCCGCCUACACCAGGUCUCCUUACCUCGCCCCACCCGCGCUUAGGGCUCUGGCAGCGGCUUUACAGCUACGAGACGAUAGGAUAAAAAUAUGGUUUCAAAAUCGACGAGCCCGCGAGCGGAGGGAAAGGACUGGAAAUUUGAGUCCACCGAAAGCGGUGACUUUGCCCUCAACAAAUUUAAAACCGAUUCAACAGAAUGAAAUUUGGUCAACACAUCAAAAUCACCAAAACUUUGAAUUUGUAAAAUCAGAACAUGUAAGCGGCUUUGAAAGAACAAACGAAGACACAUCGCUACCCAGAGAUAGCCGUUCGUCUGUAAGCAGUAUUUCAGACGACGAGUCGAGUGCGAGCAGCUUGGAUAUAGAGACCGUGAACGAUUGA